CCAGAAGCCCUGAUGUUGCGAGAUCGAAAUGGGCAACGGACUCCCACACAGAUCGUACCAUUAGUGACCUCAGCUCGGCUUGAUACUCCUUUGAGUUACUGAUGCGCUUGGAGAAACAUGUAAGAAACACUCACUCCAAGGCUUCAACGUUUCCUCCUGGUAACGCUGUCAAGAAACAUCCCAAAAACCUUACAUUUUGGUCAGCGAUUGUUACAUGUUGCGGAGCUAUAGACAUUGGAAGGGCUCGUGAAGAAGCAUGUUGGGUGUUGGAGACACAUGGACCAAAAUUCCCGCGACCCCUUCAGGUUCGCAGCACCGACCGAGCCCCCUCGACUCGUUCCGCGCGGAAGAGCUGCGCGGAACGGUGCCAUGCUGGUGCCGCAGGCGUUGCAGCGACCGUCGGGAGUGGAGCUCCCGAGGGUCUCCGUGCUGCGUCCGCGGGGCGUCAGCGCGGCCUGCGGACCUUCAGCCGGGCGCAACACGCGGCGCCGUCGGGGUCAGACUGGGUCCGUUUGGGUGAGUGGCCUCUCCUCCUUCUUGGUGGCCAAGCAGCUGCACGAGCGCAGAGCUGCAAGGGCAGCUGGAUCUGGAGCUGAAUGGCUGGCUGGUAAGCAAGAUGAACGUGAGUUCGCGUCGGAGGAGGACUACUUGAAGACUCUGGAGCUCGAAGGCGCCUUGCCCAAGGGCUUUCAGAUCGGAUGCAGCUCUUUGCGUUUUGUGCCUGAGGAGGCCAAGGAGAUGGGUCAGCUGCCCAUGAAACUCACCGUGCUUUGCUUGGAUGAGCCUAGUGAUCGAGUGGCAGCUGUCUUCACUCAGAAUGCAUUCCCUGGUGCUCCGGUGAGAUUGGGAAAGCAGCGGAUGGCCAGUCAGGAGAAGAUCCAGGCCAUCGUGGUGAAUAACAAGAUCAGCAAUGUCUCUCCGCCUGAUGAUGAUGGAGGCUUGUCUGCCAGUGCGAAGGUUUGUGAAGCCUUGGCUACCAGCUUGCAGCUGCCUGGGGGUGGUUCGAGUGUUUUGCCCAGCUCUACUGGUGUGAUUGGUUGGCGCCUUCCCGUGGCAGAAAUGGUGGAGGCUCUGCCUUCGGCCAAGGACCUCAGUGCGAGCAGCAACGCGGUGAACGCCGCCCAGGGCAUCAUGACCACCGACCGCUACCCGAAGCUGUGCGCCCGAAGCCUGCCCAAUGGUGGAAGGCUGGUGGGCAUUGCGAAGGGUGCCGGGAUGAUUGAGCCAAAUAUGGCCACCAUGCUUUGCUUCUUGAUGACGGAUGUGGAUUUGCCUCGCGAGGAGCUUCAAGAUCAGCUGUCUGAGUGUGUGCUGAAGAGCUUCAACGCGAUUUCAGUGGAUGGUGACGAGUCCACCAGUGACACAGUUGUGCUCAUCUCCAGCCAGCAGUGCUCGUCUCCGGUGGACCCAUCGGACUUCAAGCUGGCGCUGCAGGAGGUCUGCAUGGACCUGGCUGCGCAGAUCGUGCGCAACGGCGAGGGCACCGGCCACGUGAUCCGUGUGAGCGUGUCGGGCGCCAACUGCGACCAGACCGCGUCCUCGGUGGCCAAGGCCGUGGUCAACGGCCCGUUGUUUAAGUCGGCGAUUGCAGGGAACGACCCCAAUGUGGGGCGCCUCAUCGGAAAGGUGGGGCAGACUCUAGGGUCCUUGGGCCACUUGGGCGAGCAGAUGGCGCAGAACUGCAUCUGCCGGAUUGGGGGUGAGACCAUCUUCGAGAAUGGGCAGUUCUCCUUGGACACUGAGAAGGAGCGACGUUUGAGUGGUCAUUUGAAGUUUGCUGCUGCGGAUUGUGAGUCGCCCUAUCCUGAGCACCGGAGGGUGGUGGAUGUCGAGGUGAUCUUGGGAGGGGGAGAAGGACCGGGCAAGGCCGUGGUGCUGGGCUCCGACUUAACCACCGAGUAUGUCAAGAUCAACGCCGACUAUCGCUCCUGAGCUGGCGACGUUGGACAGCAGCAGGGUGGUGGAAAAGGUUGAAUUUGGUGACGCGGUGCAAGUCUGGUGGCCUUCAAUUAUUCCCCGCAUUUCCCCGAACAUCGACACACCUGACAAGCAUUUGAGCAUGACUCGUCACACCGUGUGUGAAAACCACGUUUUUCCCUUUGAUCUUGAUCCCUGCCAGCAAGCCACUCUCCCACCCUCAUGCUGAAACAAAAGGAUUUGUGUCGUGUG